AAAUAUGCUCAGAAGAAUAUGACGUAUUCUGAAAUUUCUCGUAUUUUGAAAAAGGAGCACUCAAUUACGCUUAGCUCCAACGCUAUAUGCAAACGCCUCAUUCGCUUAAACUAUCCUCGAAGAAGAGGACAGACAAACUGUACUGACGCAGAUUUAAGAGCACAUAUUCAGGAACUUCUGACAACUGUACCUAAUACAGUCGGAUACAGAUACAUGACAGACAUUCUCAAACAUAAGGGUAUUCCAGUUAGAAGGGAUAAAGUCAUGCAAAUAUUAAGAGAUCUGGAUCCUGUUGGUGUUCGUUUUCGUAGACGUCGCCGUAUUAUGAGGAAAGUUUACUACUCGUGUGGACCUAACUUUAUUUGGCAUGUGGACGGAUACGACAAGCUAAAACCGUAUGGAUUCCCAAUACAUGGAUGUAUAGAUGGUUAUUCUAGGAAGAUAUUGUGGCUUGUAGUUGGGCCAUCCAAUAACAACCCAGCGAUUGUUGGUCAACAUUUCCUGAAUUGUGUGAGAAGAUUGCAAGGUUGUCCUACUAUUCUUCAAAGUGAUCCAGGCACAGAAAAUAUAAUAAUGGGAGCUUUGCAAUGUCUCUUUCGACAUGAAGGAAAAGAUAUGUUCACUGGUAUUGACAGUUAUAGGGUCGUUCGGUCCCUUUUCAAUCAGAGGAUAGAAUGUUGGUGGAGCAUGAUGCGAAGACAUCAAAUGGAAUGGUGGAUACAUUUUUUUAAGGACCUAGAAGUUUUUGGUGCCUUUCAAAGGGGGAAUCUGCAUCACAUAUAUGCAAUACGGUUUUCAUUCAUGCCACUUUUACAACAUGAAUUGAACAACUUAGUGGAACAGUGGAACAACCAUUCUAUUUCAUACAAUAGGCAUGCAGCUUGCCCCCAUGGGAAACCAACAGUACUUUAUUUGCUACCUGAAGAGAAAGGAUUCCUUAACUGUCUUCAGUCAGUGAAUGAAGAAGAUAUAGAGUUUGCAGGCACACAGUGCAAAGUUCCAUCCAGAAGUGGAUCACAUGACUUUGAUGAACAAGCCUCUUUGAUUUUUAUUCAAAGAGGUUGGCAUGAUGCAUCUAAUUGGAGAGAGGCACUAGCACAGUAUUUUGUUCUACGUGAUUACUGAUUACAUGUACCUUACAAGUGACGAUACUACAACAUGUAUGAACGGCUUUGUAAGCAUUCAAUGUAUUAUUGAAAGA